AACAAAGGCAAACUCUAACAAGACAGGGCACAGCAUGGCACGAAACAAACAGAAAGAAAUAAACUAAAAAAAUAUCCUAAGGAAAGCAAGAAAAGAAAAGGAAAGGAAGAAAAGUGAGUUGCUGUAAGUGUGAGCAUUUUUGGGAUGUCUCAGAACUGGCAAAGACUUCACUUUCUGUGAUGUCAAUCUGACUAAAAGGGGAAGUGUGCUGUGAGGCAAAAACUGGGCUGUUGCUGUCCUCAGACCAGAAUUCUGCAUUUGGCCUGAGGCAAUUAUCUUCACACUCUGCCUGCAUCUCUGUUUUCUUCUUGAAUCAGCAAACCACUCCGGAGUCAACUUGGAAACGACAAUGACAUCCAACAUCACUGCACAUCACUGCAAUGUGUCAACUCAACAUUUGGUUACAAACAUUCUUCCCCCCGUGCUGAUCAUCGAGUUGUUACUUGGUCUGCCUGGCAAUGUCAUGGCAUUGUGGAUUUUUUGCAAAAAUAUGCAGUCUUGGAGGGCUAACGUCACAUUCCUGUUCAACCUUAUUUUGUCUGACUUUCUGCUCCUCUUGAGCCUACCCUUCCGCAUUGACAACUUCAUUCGUGGUGAAAUGUGGGUAUUCGGCGACGCAUGGUGUCGGAUAAAUCUAUUCAUGCUGGCUGUCAACCGAUCAGCCAGCAUUGCCUUCAUGACUGCCGUGGCUUUCGACCGCUACUUUAAAGUGGUCCAUCCACAUCACGUAAUUAAUCACAUGAGCUCAAAACAAGCAGCCUGUGUUGCCUGCUUCAUCUGGGGAGUUGUGAUAGCCCUGAGGACCCCUUUACUGGCCAACAACCUUCUAAUCACAGAGAAGAACAACUCUUUUUGCAGAAGUUUCAGUAAUUAUGAGAAUCCUUCACUGGGUAUCCGUCUGCAUUAUGCUGUGUUUAGCUUGGAGUUUUUCGUGCCUCUGAUACUCCUGAUCUUUUGCUCCCUGCGUAUCGCCUGCAUCCUGUGUUCUCGGCAGAUGAACAAAGACAAGAGGGGACAAAGAGCAAUUCGGACCGUCCUGGUUAUCGUUGGGGUUUUCAUCUUUUGUUUCUUUCCCAGCAUUGCCACAGGGUUGACUGCCCUUCAUUUAAAAGCACUUGGAAAUGAUUACUGCAACUCUUACAAUCUGACCUCUCAGUUGUUUUCUAUGUCCAUAGCAUUCACCUAUCUGAACAGCACACUGGAUCCGGUCAUCUAUUGCUUCUCCAGUUCUAUAUUUCGCAAUUCUUUGAAAAGAACUGUAAACCGGACUGGCUUCUUACAGUUACAGCUCAGCAGACGGGGCAGCAUGCAAAGUGGCAACGACUAAGAGAUAGACUUGGAUUGGACAGGAGAGAUGUUGAAUAAGGAUUGAAUGCAGUGUAAUAUGCAUCGCUUUAUUUUUUUGGGCUAUUUUGACUGGUGCAACAUACAGUAGCUACACUGAUUCAAUCAAUGUUGUACAGUAAGUGUGGGGUGGUUCUACUUGUUCGGACCAAUCAACAUGAAACCUGUAUGAAUUAUGUUUGCAAUUUAAUUUGGUGAUGCUAGUGGUGGGCCCACACAUAUUCUUUUGUAUUCUAAAGCAUUUACUACAGAUUUUUUUGUAUAACACACAGUUAAUGAAUACAAUAAAAGCUUAAUAAAUAAAGUUAUUUCAUAUUAGAACUAGCAUGAUGUUGUUUAGAAAACAUACCAAGAUUUCUAUUUCAUUACAAUACCUUGGGGCGGCACAGUGACUCAGGCCUGGAACACUCUGGACGAUUUUCGAAUGUUAACCAAUGGGCGACCACAGAUGUUAAGAACAGUAAUUUUUAAUAACAUAAUCCUCAGAAUGCACACAAUGGAUGUUUCGACCAGACUGUGAGAACCCACACCUGAUGAUGGUAGUAAAAGUGAUGCGAGAAAAAAGAAAUCAAACAUAACUUAAAGGGGUCAUAGUGUGAAAAUCAGACUUUUCAUGUUUAAGUGAUAUAAUCGGGUCCCCAGUGCUUCUGUCAACUUAGAAAACAUGUAAAAGAUCAACCCAGUAUUUUGAUUAAGCCAUUUUCUGCAAAAAAAUUGGGUCGUUCAGAUUUUGCCUGUUUUGUGAGGCAGGUAGCAAGGCAAAUUACAAUAAUACCACCCCUUAAUCCAACCACAGCACUGCCGUUUAGUGCAGAGAGAAGUGAGAGAGAGAAAAUAAUUGACAGCACAAUUGAGUUUCAAUUACAACAAACUACCAUCAUUGUGAUCAGUGUUGGCACUUCAUCCACUCAUUUGCAUUUUAAAGGACACACCCAAAAAUGGCACACUUUUGCUCAGGCCUACAAAGUGUCAAUUUUAACAUGCUAUAAUAAAUUAUCUGUGGGGUAUUUUGAGCUAAAACUUCACUUAUGCACUCUGGGGACACCAAAUAUUUAUUUUACAUCUUAAAAAAUCUCAUAAUAUGACCCCUUUAAGAAAAACUGAUGUUGUGAGAGUUCUUGCUUGACACAAAAGCACUUGUACCAUUGCCAUAGAUGUACAAGUCUCAUAUUCUUUCUCAAUACUCUUUCAUGUCAUGUUUGUGGGCGUCUUGUUUCAGCUAUAAAAGCAUGCAACAUUCAGUUACAGCUUAUACUAUCAUCGGGAGCAGCAAAACAAGAGUGUUUUUUGGACAAAAACAUAUUGGGCCACACCGCUCUUUGAAUCGUUGACGGUGCAAAUUGGACUUAAAAUCUUCACAUGUGUGGCAGCCUGUUGUCUCACAGCAAGAAUGAUUUGGGUUUAAGCCUUGGCUCCUUGGUUUCCUCCCACAGCCCAAAGACAUGCAGGUUAGGUAAAUUGGAGAUGACAAAUGUAUAGAUGUGUAAAGAGUAGCAACUAGUUCUUUCGGUGAGUGUAGCCAAUGCUGGAAUAGCAUUCACCCAAAAAUGAAAACUCUGCCACCAGUUACUCAGCCUCAAGUUGUUCCAAAUCUUUAUAACUGUCCAUGGUAUUGUUUUGAAAAUAUCUUCAUUUGUGUUCAGCACAACAAAGAUACAAGUUUGGAAAAACUCGAGGAUCACUAUCACCUCAACAGUCAAUGCAUUCUGCAUAAAAAUUCAAUAAUUCUCAGUGUUGAAGUGUAACAAUAAAGCUAAUUUUCUUUUUUUAUAGUUAAGUCUUUUGUGGUAUAGAAAAAAAGAGGACAAAGCCUUAUAGCCUUUUAAUUAUCAAUUAGAAAUGUAAUUUAUCUUUGAAGUUUUCUUGUUGUUUAACUGUGACAUCUUGUUGUUGUUUAUGCACAACUACAUAAUUAUGUGUUACUAGUAAAAUAAACCACAAGUGAUUAUCAU